UUCGUUCAUUCAGUAAUUGUUGGUUUUCUUUCUUUUCUUUGCAAAGUGCAAUUUGCAUAUUUUUAUUUCAUUUUUGUUGUGAAGUAAAUAGUAAUCAUUUUGUUUGUAAUGUACGGUUACUGGUAGAUUUUAUCAUCGACAUUUAAUAUGAAGUUAAUUAACACCUAGAUAGUUAUGUGGAAACGUAAUGAAAGUUUACAAUCAGUGAUGAUGUUGAGAAGAUUCGUUGUGUACCUGCCAAUAGUUGCAUCGAUCUCGAAGUUCUGACGUGAUAUUACCCGCGAUAACUUAACGCGGACGAAGCUCGGAUGACGGCAAACGCCGAGGGAAAUCACCACGCAGCGUCGAGAGCUCACUCGACCAAAUAAUGCCAUGUUCGCUCAGGAACAGCUCCGGAGGAAGGAAGCGCGAGAUGUCAUGUACCGCAGCAACUCGAGCCUCGACCUGAUCUACCUGGAGCACGGCGCGGGCGGCGCGCUGCGGCGGGAGUAUGGCAGCCACGGCUCCAUCGACGUGAUCGGCGGCGCGGGCAUGGGGCAGGGCUACGGGGACAAGGCGGCGGGGCUGGCGCGCCUGGGCGAGGCGCUGGACGCGGCCGACGGGCCCGCGCGCGCUGGCGCCAGCCCCAAGCCGCGCCUCAAGCUCAACAAGCUGUGGGGCGGCGCGGCCCCGCCCGCCCGCACGCUGCCUGACGACACAGCUCCCCUGCCCGAGCCCGAGGGCUCCAAGCGGCGCCAGUUCGCGCACUACGACUGCCAGUCGCUGCUGGCCAACCUGAGCUACGCGGCGGAGUCGCGCGGCGCGCUGCUGAGCCGGCGCCGCAACACCACCACGGGCGCGUCGGCGGCGUCGCUGCUGGCGGCGCGCGGGGCGCCCCCGGGCGACGAGCCGCUGCCUGACCUGGGCGACGGACGCUGCAACGAACUGCUUGAGAGCUGCCCCUUCUUCCGCAAUGAACUCGGAGGUGAAGAAGAGCGCUGCGUGUCCCUCUGCUACCGCACGGCGCGAGGCGGCGUGGCGCGCGCGGCGGGCGGCUGGCACCGGCCCCAGGCGGCCUACGGGCUGUCCGUGCUGGAGUUCCCGCCAGGGCAGUCGCACUGGCGCCGCGGCUGCCCCUACACCAGGUCGAUGAACCCGCUACCGGUGGAGAGCCAGGAUGUGGGAGCCCUGUAUUAUAGGAAUUAUUUUUAUAAUCAACCCCACCAGAACUGGUUCGGCCUGGACGAGCAGCUCGGGCCGGUCGCCAUAUCGGUGAAGAAGGAGCGAGUGGAGCUGAGACGAGGCGGUGCGGACGCCACGCAGCCCGCCACAGUACUGGCGUGGCAGUAUAGACUUAUCAUCAGGACCUCCGAGCUCCUAACCCUCCGGGGCUCAAUACUGGAGGACGCGCUGACCAGCAAGCCCGGCAACAGCACCACCUACAGCGUGAAGGAGCUGCUGGAGUACCAGGCGCCCGAGCUGCAGGCCGCCUGCUUGAGACUGGGCGUCUCUAACAACGGGGCUGAAGAGCAACUACUUCGUCUCGACGAGCAGUGCCUCACGCGGCACUACAAGGUCGGGGUCAUGUACUGCCGCGCCGGACAGUCCACUGAAGAAGAGAUGUACAACAACCAAGAAGCGGGACCGGCCUUCGUAGAGUUCCUACAGACCCUCGGACAAACCGUCCGGCUAAAAGACUUCGACAAAUACAAAGCGGGUUUAGACAACCGCACGGAUUCUACAGGCCUAUACUCUGUAUAUACGACGUACCAAGGAUGCGAAGUCAUGUUCCAUGUGUCGACUAUGCUGCCGUAUACCCCGAAUAAUAGACAACAGUUGCUAAGAAAGAGGCAUAUAGGGAACGAUAUAGUGACGAUAGUGUUUCAAGAGCCGGGUUCCCUGCCGUUCACUCCUCGGAAUAUUCGCUCGCAGUUCCAGCACGUGUUCGUGGUGGUGCGCGCGAUAGAUCCGUGUUCUGAGAACACGCACUACAGUAUAGCUGUCAGUCGAGCUAAGGAGGUGCCGUUGUUUGGCCCGCCGAUCAAAGAUGGCGCUGUUUAUCCGAAAGGAGAGGCGUUUACGGACUUGCUAUUGGCUAAGGUGAUAAACGGCGAGAACGCGGCGAUCCAGUCGCCCAAGUUCAGCGCGAUGGCGACGCGCACGCGCCAGGAGUACCUCAAGGAGCUGGCGCGCAGCCACGUCACCGCCACCGCGCUCGACACGCACCAGAAGUUCUCAAUAUUCUCAUCUCUACUACCUAACCGCGGCGGCUCGGCCCCGGCAGCCCGACCUGACAGCGUGGCGAGUGAUGUGCUGGUGGGAGGCGCUCUGUGCUUCCAUGUGCAAGUGCAAGACGAGGGCGCGGGCGGCGCGCUAGUCGACUGCGUGGCGGGGCUGUCGACCGACACACUGGUGCUGGUCGACGCGGCGACGCGGCAGCUGGCGCUGGUCGUGCCCACCGACGCACUGCUGGGCUGGGUAGAAAGCGGCCCAUGGACCCGCAUCUACUACCACCUGGGCGAGAGCGUGCGCGUGCGCGGCGCCGGCCUGCGCGCCCGCCUGCGCGCCGUGGCGCCGCCCGCCGCGCGCCCGCUGCCCGAGAUCACACUGAGGAGGGAGCGUAACCAGCAGUUAGGGUUCCAUGUGAAGCCCGAUGGUCUUGUGACGGCGGUGGAGGGCGGCGGCUGCGCGGCGCGGAGCGGCAUACGGCGCGGGGCCAGACUCUUGGAGGUGUGCCGCGCGGCCGUGAUAGCUCUUCAGCACGACCAGCUGGUGGACCUGCUCAAGUGUUCCGACCCCGUCACUGUGACGGUAACCUUCGCUAGUCCCCCGCCGUGCCUAUGCGACGCGGCGCGGGACGCCCCCGCGCGCCCCUCCCGCGCCGACGCGCAGCUGCCGCGCCGCUCGCCGCCAUCCGACAGCGAGGGCUAUGGCACCGGUUCAUCAGGCCGCAGCGCGCGCUCCCCGCAGUCGGACGCGGUGCGGCGGCGCUCGCAGGAGUCCCCGAGACACGCGCGCGCCCGCCGCGACAACACCACCUCGCUCACGGAAGAACUAAUGCGUCUAAUGGACGCAGAGUUAGGCGACCCGCGACCCAAUAGCACCACGAGCAGCGGCAGUGCUGCCAACAUCACGGCGCCAAGUUCCGCCAACAUGACGUCGACAAAUUCUACCAACAUGACCGCGAACAGUGCUGCCAACAUGUCAAGCCCGGGAAGUGGUACCAACAGUGGACCGCCCAGUGUCGCCAACAGCAGCGGCGCAGUCAGUGCUGCCAACAGCGCGGUGAAUGGAGUAGCCAAUAAGGCGGCGUCGCCCCGCGCCUGCGCGCUGCCGCUGCCGGACGCGACGCAACUUGAUUGGUCGGCGCUCGUGCAUACUGCUACGAGGGCUAUGUUACAGAUCUGCGAGGAGCACCAGUUCCCGUCGCUAGACAACACGGAGUCGUCCAUAGACGCGUCGCUCAGCGAGCCCGCGCUCGAAGCGUGGCCUGACACACAAGGCAGCAACUGUGCACAACCAGCCGCCCCCACCACCGGCGCGGGCGCAUCCUGCGCGUGCGGGCUGGCGGGCCGCGUGGCCGCGCUGGAGGCCGCCGCCGCGCACUCCGCCAGGCUGCAGGACGAGGUGCGUCGCUUACGCCGCCACAAUGCGCGUCUCCGCGAGGAGUCGGCGCGCGCCGUGUGGCAGCUGAGACACUUCACGCAGUGGCUCAAGCGCACCGUGGACCGCCAGUAGCGACAUGUAGUGGCAUCUAGCGGCGACAGGGAAGUGCUACUAGCGACUUUUAUUGGCGACAAGGAAAUGCUAUUAGCGACACCUGGCGGUGAUAGGGAUGUGCUAGUAGCGACAUGUAGUGGUGACAGGGGCAGUAGCGGCAUCUUUUGGCUAUUAGGAAGUGGUAGAAGCGACACCUAGCGGCGAUAGGUGGAAGUGGUAGUUGUGACAUCUAGUGGCAACAAGAGAAGGGCAGUUACGGUAUAUUAUGAAAAUUGUUCAACAAUGGCGAAGGAAGGAUUUUCUAUAGUAUGCCUGUACCGAAAAUGUUCCCAUAGUAGGGAGGAACCAUAGCAGCAUCGCUGAAAUUACAGUAUAGUAAAAAUCAGCUAUAUUGACCAAAAUAGUAGUCAUCUGGGUAUGUUGCAUUUUUGAACGAACGAGCGGCAUGGCUUGCACGAAUGUCUUCACGCAAUUGUGACACAUUCCACUCGCGCCUCACCAGAACUUCUAAGGGCUAUCCUAAAAUUAUCGCAAUAUCAACAGUAAACCAUAGAUUCGAAUGUCAGCAUAAUUAUCACGACGGCAACGAUACACCACAGAGACAAGAAACACCCACAAUAUUCAUUGCCCAUCGCCCAACUUAUGCGUGUUUAUGUUCACUACACAUUGCAAUAAUAACAUACCUAAAAAACGUUGUCCAUUUUUGGUAAAAUCUGCACGUUUUACGUGCUUACAAUGACAAGUGUCUCAAAUAUGAGUUUAUGAAUUUAUACUUUCAAUUACAGAGUAGAAUAAGUAUACAAUUUGCGUGUUAUUGUUUCUUUUUUAAUGUUUGUGUAUUGUAAUUUAUAAAUAUUAAGUAAAUAAGCACUCACACCUGUGGCCUGUUCAUUUAUAAACGAGUGAUCCAAUCUUCCAGUAGAACAAAUUAAAUGCUAGAAGUAUUAUAGCCACUAGACAACCUGAUCUAUAGUUUAGGCAUUAUUGCGUAGGUAUUAGGGAGUACCUAUCCAUCUUUAAAUACUAACUAGAUAAUUUAUUUAUGAAUUUAUGUAGCUAUAGUUCUUGUUAUGACUGUAUAAUAAAUAAUUACUGAUCCAUUUAUUCGAUGGUAAUGCGAUGAGAUCACAACUUAGCAAAUAACAUCUUUUGGGAAAUAAGGUUUAAUUGAACUUAUAGUAGCUGAUCUUUUGUAAACGAACGUAAUAUUUAUCCAUUCUUAUAAAACAGAAUAAAAACUGGUUAUAAAAUGUACCUUAUUAAAGUUAUACAAAAAAAUAAAAUUACCAUGACAUUGCAUCGAAUGAGUGUUUGUAGCCUAGUAAAAUAACAUUAAGAAUUAAACCAAACAUUUAUUUAUUAGUAAGUAGUCGAGUAAAUCGCUAAAGCUGCGCUGUAUCUUAUGAAAUUGUGCCUUCGGCUUCCGACGAAGCGAGUGUUACUUUGCGUCUAGUGUUGAUAGUCUACGUAAGUAAAAACUUGAGUUUUAGAAUGGUAUCGAAUUUUCUAUAGUUGAUAUUUUAACCCGUCGAGAUCGACUGAAACCAGUCCGCGGGCAAUUCAUAUAGAAAAGGUUCUGAAAAAUUAUAGGAUUUUAGAAAUCCUUAUUUAUAUGAUAUCGAUGGGUAAAACUUAUUUCACGUUAUUAUAAAUGAUAUAAAUCUGAUUUGAAGUGAAUUAGAGUGUUAAGUUCUCAACAUGGGAGUUACAAUAGUUUAAUUAAAUUAGUCAACGAAUUGUGUAUCACAAAACUAUUACAAUUUACACUCAUUCUCAUCUCAGUCCACUAUCUUUAUAUGUAUCUUAAUAAGUACAACGUACUUUCCAACGUGAAUAACUUGCUACCUGCCACAUACGUCUCUUUUAUUGGAUUUUAAAUAUUUUAAUUAAGUUUGGUUGUACUCAUGAACAUCAUUAAUUCCAUUUUUUAUAAAACUCAACUUUAAAAGAGUUUUCUAUUUAAUACUUUCCGAGGGGCUGGUGCUAUUCUUCUUCUAAAAAUCACAGUUCACAAAAAUAAUAUAUUAAUAUACUGCUUCAUUAAAAUCAUAUUGAACUCAUUGUGUAACCUCAUUAAAAUUAUACAUAAAUUAACCUCUAUUGUUAUAUGUAGGUAAUACUAAUACAAAUUUAAACGCUUGAUCUAAGAAACAUACAAAUAAUGUACGUACCUACUUAUAAAAAUCAAAUUCAUCAUCUGAAGAAAAAAAAAUUAUUAGACUUUCAGACACUUAUAUAGAAAGGUUUAUUAAUCAACUGCAUAUAAUAUGUUUCUUUGAUCAGGUUUUAAAUACUAACUGAUCUUAUGUAAGGUGAACACCAAUUAGAAUAAGAGUAUGCCUAAAGGCAAGUAGUGGGUAGCCAAUUUAAUAUUUAAAUAAUAUAUCCUGUAAUAGUAUAAUUGAAAUACAACAUCUAGCUAUAAUAACAUAACUAUUAUAAAAAAAGGGAUGGAAUUUUGAAAAACGGCGUCAAUCUUUAAUAAUCACCACACUGACAUAGAAAAUGAGGAAUGCAGCUUUUCAAAAAUCCUCUUAUAUUUGAAUGCAUGGACUGUGUGUAAGAAAUUUAGAUCUUGUUUGCGAGUUUCAUUCCAAAAUAUAUACCUGAGUAGGUUAUUUAAGUGACGCAAAUUAUAAUAGGAAUAAUUUUUGAAAUUAUAUUGUGCCUAUAUUCUACAUUUAAGUAAUUCACGUGACAGAAUUCCAGUUUGAAAGGUUGUUAGCAAAUAUUCUGUCCUAUUCUACGGUGCCUUGAGACAGAGGGGGAGGUGUUAACCAUUCUUUGGUAAUUUUUAUCUUGUUCUGAAACAAAUGUUUGUUUUUGUAUUGAAUGAAGAAAAUAAAGCUUUAUUAGAGUAGUUGUGCGUAUACAUGGUGUUACUGCAUGUACCUAUUGGAAUACUAUACAAUAUGUUUAGUAAUAAUAACUUUUUAAUAAUUAUAAGUUUCAGUGUGUUUUGUUUUGUCUUAAAAGCGUACCGUUUAAUCAUAAAGAUAGGUACAUACUUACUAUUAAGUCGAUUUUUAUUUUUAUUUCAGUAACAUUCUUUAUACAUCAGCUUUGUGUGUUUGACUGAUAUUUUUUUAACAUUUACACUAUUUACCUAUAUUUUUGAUUGAAAUUUUGUAAAGUUUUUAGUUGUAAGUCUUGUAUUGUAUAUUUUAGUUUAAGUUUUGAUAACAGUGUACUCAUUUGAUGUUUGUGUAUUUUCUCCCACCACAGUUUAUGUUAAUUUAUUUCAAUACAAAGUACUUUAAGCUACCAAAGUUUUUUUAUACAGUAUAAUAUUCAGAAGCAAUUCGUAAAACUUCAGUGGCUUUAAAAUUCAUCGACCCCAUCUAUGCAGUGGCUACGAAAAGUAUUUAGGUAUUGAAUUUAUUAUUUACUUUACAUUCCAAUGUGGACUUAUGUUAACAGUUCUCAGAGCAUCGUGCAGCAUCCAUUUUCUAAAUAUUGAUCGAUCCAGCGGUUUACUUCAAAAUUGUUUCAAGAAUCUAUGAUGUUUGUUACCGGAACAUGACAUUGUUCAAUAAAAAUAAUUUGAUUCUACAAAACUAUGGCGCUGUACAAUCUGUACGCAUGAGUUUGUUAACCGAAGUCCGCAGAUAGGUAGACUCUUCAGAAACCAAAUAAAUUGUCAUAUAGUGUGUGCUACGUUAAUUUUGUAAUAUUUAAAUUAUAUAUAUACGUUGACUAAGUACAUACUUUUAUGUAAUAAAGCAUUUUUUUAUAAUA